CAGGUUUUAACACCAUCGUCUGGGUUCCUUGACUAUGCCAUCAGCAUGAGACCAGACUAUCAUCAAGCAAUCAUUGACGUCGUACGAUAUUACGGAUGGAGGAAAAUCAUUUAUCUUUACGACUCCCACGACGGUCUACUCAGGCUACAGCAGAUCUACCAGAGCCUGCGACCCGGCAAAGAAUCCUUCCAGGUGGAGUCAGUGAAAAGGAUCCAGAACAUCUCCGAAGCCCUCGACUAUUUGCACGGCCUGGAGGAGCUCAGCAGGUGGAGCCACAAGUACGUGGUGCUGGACUGUCCCACAGAGAUGGCCAAGGAAAUUGUAGUGAGCCACGUUCGUGACGUCACACUAGGAAAACGUACUUACCACUACCUGCUCAGCGGAUUGAUUAUGGACGACCGAUGGGAGAGUGAAGUUAUCGAGUAUGGUGCUAUCAACAUCACAGGCUUCAGGAUAAUAGACUCAUCACGACGAUACGUGAAGGACUUCCUGGAGGGAUGGCGGAAGCUAGACCCUAACACGUCUCAAGGUGCAGGCCGGGAGUCCAUCUCGGCACAGUCAGCGCUCAUGUACGAUGCAGUAUUUGUAUUGGUCGAGGCGUUCAACAAGAUCCUGAAGAAGAAGCCGGAUACGUUUCGGACAAACUUCCGGCGAGGUCAGAUUUUCAACAACGGCAGCAGAGGAAUGGACUGUAACACGAGCCAAGGCUGGGUCACUCCCUGGGAGCACGGGGACAAGAUAUCCCGUCACUUGAGAAAGGUGGAGUUAGAGGGAUUAACAGGGGAGAUACGUUUCAAUGACGACGGAAAACGUCAGAAUUACACGCUGCACGUAGUGGAAAUGACGUUCAACAGUGCCAUGGUUAAGGUUGCUGAGUGGACCGACGAGUUCGGAUUUAGUCCUGUCGCAGCCAAAUACGUGCGACUGAAGCCAGGAUCAGAGAUUGAAAAGAAUAAAACGUAUAUAGUGACCACCAUCAUUGAGGAGCCGUACAUCAUGAUGCGAACCCCGGAACCCGGAGAGAACCUGACCGGAAACGAGCGAUUUGAAGGUUACUGCAAGGACCUGGCAGAUCUCAUCGCUAAGAGACUGGGCAUAAACUAUGAACUCAGCAUCGUGAAGGACGGAAACUACGGAGCAGAGAAUCCGGACGUUAAGGGCGGUUGGGAUGGUAUGGUCGGCGAGCUCAUCAGAAAGGAGGCCGACAUAGCAAUUGCAUCCAUGACGAUUACUUCCGAACGAGAACGUGUCAUCGACUUCAGCAAACCCUUCAUGUCGCUGGGAAUAAGCAUCAUGAUCAAGAAGCCGGUUAAGCAGAAGCCGGGCGUCUUCAGCUUCCUCAACCCCCUGUCCAAGGAGAUCUGGGUGUGCGUCAUCUUCUCGUACGUGGGCGUGAGCAUUGUCCUCUUCAUCGUGUCCAGGUUCUCGCCUUACGAGUGGCGUCUUCUGCACUACGGUGACGACGCCGGCCAUCAGCAUCCCGGUGUGGGUGCAUCCCCUUCAGUACCCAGCACAGUAGCUAACGACUUCAGUAUUCUUAACAGUCUGUGGUUCGCGUUGGGAGCCUUCAUGCAACAGGGUUGUGACAUAUCCCCCAGGUCCAUCUCAGGGCGUAUCGUCGGCAGUGUCUGGUGGUUCUUCACCCUGAUCCUCAUCUCGUCUUACACCGCCAACCUGGCGGCAUUUCUCACCGUCGAGCGCAUGGUCGCGCCAAUCAAUUCUCCCGAGGACCUGGCUUCACAAACCGAAGUGCAGUACGGGACAUUAUAUCACGGCUCGACCUGGGACUUCUUCAGGAAAUCCCAGAUCACGCUCUACAGCAAGAUGUGGGAAUUCAUGAGCUCUAGAAAGCACGUGUUCGUGCGCACGUACGACGAGGGCAUAAAGAGGGUACGCACGUCGAAAGGGAAGUACGCUCUGCUCAUCGAGUCUCCCAAAAACGACUACAUCAACGAGAGAGAGCCGUGCGACACGAUGAAGGUUGGACGGAACCUGGACGCAAAGGGGUUCGGCGUCGCGACGCCUCUAGGUUCCCCACUCCGGGAUAGAAUCAAUUUGGCCGUCCUCUCGCUCAUAGAAAAUGGAGAGCUGACGAAACUCAAGAACCGGUGGUGGUACGACAGAACGGAAUGCAAGCACAGUGACAAACAGGACGCAUCACGAAAUGAACUGUCUCUGAGUAAUGUAGCGGGCAUCUUCUACAUCCUGAUAGGAGGCCUGCUGCUCGCUAUGGGAGUUGCUCUACUGGAAUUCUGCUACAAGUCACACACAGAAGCAUCACGAGCAAAGAUUCCACUGUCGGACGCGAUGAAGGCCAAAGCCAGACUCACCAUCGGCGGUGGCAGAGACUUCGACAACGGCCGGUUCUACGGGCAGAAGGACAGUGACAGAAUGCGCCAGUCACCUGUGUGGAGUAUGACAUCGAUAUUACACGCCGGCCAAUCAAAUCAACAGCGCAGAGGGUGACCAGGUUCACAACAACACGCACACCCAGGUCUGAUGGCGGUAAAGCACGAGCUGCAUUCACACCCAGACACCGCAUACGAGAAUGUUUCUACUGCUGAUGCUGCUUUAAGUGACGUUACUCAGUACAUUCUUACCCAAUUCCAUCGCCCACAUUUAGAGAAAUACUAUCAGAAAAUACAAAUGUAAGUGCCUCCACAAAUAUCAUUCAGACCCGCCAGCGACUCUUGUCCAUAAGAAAUGCAACUCUGAGCGAUUGCAGGAACUGUCAGCGUGCGUUACAUUCGUCCUGACCGGAUGUCCAGUUAAUCCAACAGGUAAUCAGAUGUACACAUGAAAACACUGACGAGGAAGCCACACACGAAAAAGAUGUCACUUGAAACUCCUACCGUAUAUUACAGAUGUAUAAGUUCAUACCGUCAGCAUAUUCUUCAAAACCAUUUGUUUCGCGUGUGUUAUUUUUUGAUUACACUUUAACUGCUGCGUUAUACGAGCAUUACAGCCCUCUUUAAAUAUUUGAAUUAUUAAAUACGAGAUUAUAGUAACACGAAAUCCAAAUAAUGUAUGUGAAUAUACGUGUUUGUACUGUAUAAAUUUAUCUACAUCAUCUGGCUUCUGCAAUAAUACAAAGUCAAGCUACUGAUAAUACAUUUAUAAUACUGUAAAACUCAUAAUUUCCAUUUGAUCUUGGAAUAAGAGACAGUUUUGCGAGAUGUGAAGAAGGUACUUAUUCAGAUAUCUCUCGUAUAAAAUGUACUGCAAUAUAAUAUGAUCAGAGCUGCAAAAGACUGGACUAGUAUAAAUUCUGUAAUGAAUCUUAAGGAAAUUAUGUACCUAAUGAGAUAACUGACCACAGCCUUCGUAUGAAUUACCAGGCUAUAGAAGAAACAAGAGAAUUGAAAUUUGUCAAAUCAACAAGAGGAAUUAUGAAACAGUGAACAGUGGCAACGUAUUUAAACAUUAACACGGCCAUGACCGUGCUCGUGUGACGUACGACAAAACGUUCGCUUCAUUAUUUAAAACAAUUUUUAUUAAAUAUUUUAGAACGUAUAUUAUAAGAGAUUAAGAUCAGAACAUUUCAGGCUUAAAGUAUCUCACUGUUUACAUAUGAAUUUCAACUGACUUAUGAUAUAACACGAGUUCGUAUUUUUUACAAAUCCAAUUUAACAUUUUGUUCCUGCAGGAAUGACAAGAAAAAUUGAAAGUUAUUACAGUUAUAUAAACACAGAAGUGCAAAUGAUGUCUCGUGCCAUGAUUCCCUAGACAGACCCAAAGAAAAAUGUGCAGACACACUUAAAAACAUUUACUUCCUAGUUGAAUUCCGAUACAUCCAUUGACAAGUGCAUAAUUGGUAAUCCUAAAACCACCGCUUAUUUAUUAAAAUGUUACGAAUGCAAAACAAAAACAGACCCCUUAAAUACAUAUUUCAUAAAACAGUUCGAACAUACAAGAAGAAUAAUUGAUAUGUUUGGAAGAAAUCAAUACAUGAUAUUUGAAUUAAUCAACUGACUGACAUUUGGGUAGAAUCGUUAACUAUUCAGGUUUCGCUUGGUAUUGAAGCAGCCAGCAUCGAUAAACAAACAAGGAAAUAAAAAUAGUGUGGGUGCAGGUGUUAGGUAGGAACAUGGCGUCGUCCUCCCGUCAAUGAGACGGGUAAUCACAUAAAUUCUAAAAACCAUUUACAAUGGACAGUCAAGGGACGGUCUUAGCGAUGUGUUGAAGCUUCAGAGAGGUAGCAUACUUCGUGAACGCCGUGUAGUCUGACGUGAACAAGUACAUCACAGGGAGAAGAAUAAGAAGAAGGCCAACUUUAAUGACGCUGUUGCUCAAGAUUUGAGAGAAUUUCCUGAAUGGAAAGAUAUCAUUGAUGAUAUCCUGUUUAUAACGCGGCAAGGACUACGGACUUAAACCCUGGAGAUGGAGGCGGUAUGUUCCUCAGAAAAGUUGAUAUCUACUCAGAAGCCCACAUGGUGUUACAACCCAGAAAACCAAAAAUUGAAAUCUUCGCCGUCGAGAAAACUUCAUUAUCUCUAAGAUUUAAGAAACAGUUGAACUGGCUACUGCGUCCAAUCUGGAGGAAGAAAUAUUGACUGCAACUUCAAAUUCCACAAAGUUCUUUUAAUAUCUGACUCCUCGGUGUUAUAAAGAUAUUGAAGCUAAACUUUUAUAUUAAUUUGUGCAUUUAAAACUCAUGUCACACACACAGGCAUUCUGCCACGUACGAAACCUCUCUGACAUUCAAUUAUAGAACGUAAGCUCCCCGCGUUCAUCUGUAAAACUCUACACAUACUACUGUUAACACCCACUAAAUGAUCAGUUACGAAUAUGACAAAGAAACUUUUGUGCUGGAAAAGUGUGUAGACGUUCAGACUGUUUCCAAACGUUUCCAUGAACCACAAGUUUUACUGAAGAUGAUUGUGUUUUGUUACCGAAGAUUCAUAUCGUGUUUUGAAAUAUCGUUUAGGAUAUUAGACAAGUUUAAAACAUCUGUGUUUUAGAUGUUUGCAUUCAACGUCAUUAAGAUAUUAAUGUUAUAAACUACUAUAUGUAGUCAUCGUUUCUCUAUCUGUAAGUAGUUUCACCUCUUCCCACACUCCAGAAUCACCCAUACCCGAAACAACGUUGUCACGAAGAAUUUUACAAGACAAAUGGCCCAUUACUGACUGUACAAUAAAUAUUACCAAUUGCUUUUGAUCUAGAAAUUCCUAAGAACCACCUUUACAUUUCAAAACUUAUCUGUCUACAAAGCUGUGUAAGUACAUUACCAGGUCAAUUAUCUGUACAUUUGUACCGUCACAACAUCACAACUGCAACAAAGAAAUACAUUUCAUUGUACCAUAAAAAUAUGAAUUAAUUUAUAAUAUGAAGUAUCAAAAAUUGCAUCAACUCUCGUGUCAUUGAGCGAUCAUUGUAUCCACUAAACAGAGUUGUCUUAAACUCAAAUAUCUGCAAUGGUUGUGUUACUUAUUUAUGUAAACCGUGUCCCAUAAUUAUCUUUACAAAUUUAACACUUAAUAACCAAAUAAUGAGAUGAGAUAUCACAAUGCUGUUUUACGUCAGAUUCUCCGGAACCGUGGUUCCACUAUCACUUUCUUCCAUAUGAAAGUGUAGUAUAACAACUUUGAGAGUUACUCUUUCAUAUUAAAAAAAACCGCAUUGUGAUAUCUCAUCUCAUUACUUGGUUAUUAAGUGUUAAAGUUGUAAAGAUAAUUAUGGGACACGGUGUAUUUUAAGUACUACUUUAUUUGUGAUUUCUUCAUACUAGUACUCUUUUAACCCUUUGAAGUUGAAGUUCGUCUAAAUAAUAUUUAAGAAUUCAGUCCGUACCGCAAAGAAAACACGAAAGUUCACCGUUACAGACAUCAUCUGGUUUAUGCUGUUCGAGUGAACAAACUACGGCCUUGGAAGAAACUGGGUGUAUUACGUAGAUACAGUAUUUGGAACAUAAAGGACGAGGCAUGACAACGCUGAUAUUUAUUUCUCUAAUUUUAAAAACCAUAAUUUGAAAAUUUCAAAGCACAAAAUUACAGAUUAAUUUCGCAUUUGAAUUUUAAUUGUUUAUUUGUUAUCUCAAAUACUGUUACAGGCACAACAACUGCUUUUGAACGCCUUCAACGCGCCAGUAGCUCAGAACGUUUCGUCCAAUAAAAUUCUGUUCAUAAAAAUAACAGGAUUGCACUUAGCGAUUGUUUACAGCAAGCUUUUCCUAGCACGAAAGCGUUGUUAAGAAUUUUCAUUGUAAUUUUUUUUAAAAAUAAAAUGUCACAGAAUCAACACAGGCUCUUGAAUUAGGACGACCCGAUUACCGGAUAAGAUAGCAACGCUCAGUUUAACGCGCUGAAUACUCAUUUCCUUGAGCGUUGGUUCCGACCACUUAGCCCACAGCUAUAACAAUACGUCGUCGUGACCUUAAAACUUCCAUUUUUAGGGGUGUCCAAAUGGAUACAUAUACAGUCUUCACGAAGGAUGGCAUUAUCACUGACGGUGGGUCCUUAGUAACCCAUCCAUCACUUCAAUCAUUGCGACGUCACAAUCAUCUGUCCCAAAUGUUCAUAUCCAUGUUAACUAAACAAUGCCACGAAAUACGAAGGCUUAAAUAAAAAAAUAUAUCACGUAAGAUCAGUAGAUUCAAGUAAGUUACACUGAUUUUGAAACAUUAGCAAAAUAACUGUUUUUCGUAUUGAUAUCAUAACAAACUUAUUUUCAGACAGAAUUUCGUCGAUACAGAUUGGCGGAAAAUAUUGAAUUUGUCUAAAACCAUCUUGUUUCGGUAAGACAUGACUUUCCGAAGCUUCAAGUAUGGACAUGAUUGAUUAUCAGUGUUAUUACAUUUUAAAUUUCAUCACGUUAAACGGGUUAAGAACAGAUCAUUAGGUUGAAUUAAGUGUUGUAAUUAAAUAAAUCUGGAAAUUAAAAAUUAUCGAACUACAGAGAACCCAAUAAAAUGUGUAAGGCUCCUAUGUUCGAGAAAAAAAGUAAUAAAUCACGUAAAUGAAAUCUCUAAUAUUUCUUCACUUCAACAAAAUCACUAAACUUUAACCAUGAAUCUCACAAAUAACGGAAACCGUUUUCCACCACAAAGACGAAAUUCACGAAAAUUGUAACGUAAAUCAAAAAAAAAAAACAUAAAUCAGAUGAUCUGUCACGAAUUCAAAUUCAAAUCAAAUAAAUUAAGCCUGUUCAUAUGAUACGAACAAAAGUAUUUCUAUGGGUUAAGGAUGAAUUACCCUGAUCAAGCCAUACAGAUGUGUGCAAAGAAAAUAAUGGACCUGCUUUAUGAAUGAAAUGUUGUCAAAUAUUUUAACUUACAAUUAUUUACGUUUCAAAAGAAUAAAGUCUUAAACUAUUUUAAGCACAGAAGCAUACUGUAAGUCUUACAUUAGCUAAUUACCAAUGAGUACUGGAAACACGAUUUAAAGAAUUUAAGAUAAUUUAAUAAAAGGUUUGUUUCUUUGAAAACGAAGCCGUCAUAUAAAACCACUUUAAGGCAUUUGUAUUUUAGAAAUAAUUUACAUUUCAAUGAGGACUGGAGUCAGUAUUGAAAUCAUUACAACAAUUAACUAUAAUGACGGUAUAAAGUAGUUCAGAAUAAUCCUUAAUGUCCAGUUAGACAUUUUCAUAAAAGAAUUAAGACGAACGGAGUUUGGUAUUUGUACAUACAAACAAUAUAAAGUCUUCUAGGGUAUGGCGUAGCUACUUAUUUGUACACAAUUAUUAUAUAUUUACGUUGUAAUAGAACACAUUUGUACAGAAAUCCAGUUGUCAAAUAAAUCUGUUGAAUCCGUA